AUGAGUAGUCUGCAAACUCAUCGCUCUUCCCAACUUCCCCAUAAUGACACACGCCAUUCCUCACCCAAUUAUUAUGGCAAUCACCAACAGCAAAGAGGCUAUCAGCGUAACGUUCAAAGGCGCCCUUAUUAUCCGUCUUUCGGAGUUGGUUCUUAUCCAACAGUAAUUGAUGGUGUUUUUGCUCAACAAUAUUCGCAUCAAACCUCUGCUUUUCAACCUCCUCGGCCAUAUUAUUCAGUUGAUAUGGUCUUAUUACCGUCAGUUGUAGUAGACAACUAUGGUCAAUACGGGCUAAUUUGGAGGUAUUGUCCUGUGCCAAAUUAUGAAUUAAUUGAUGAUAGCUAUGUCACUAAUGAUCCGAGUGAGUUGAUAGAUAUUAGAACUGGAAUGCUUGAUCAUAUGAUCAACUUCACUAGUCAUCUGAUUGGUCAGGAGGCAAAUUCAAGCUUUGAUUUUGGCUUUUUGUAUGACCAUCUAUUUGAUCGUGUGGAGAAAGAGAACGAUGACGCUGUAUUGAAGUAUUUGAAAAUAACAACACAUCAUUCUCUUGCUAAGGAUGGAGUCAAUCCCACAAUUAUUGCUGAUGUAGAACCAGAAACCUGUGCUAUAUGUCAAUCUGAAUAUGAAGAUGAAGAGAGUAUAGGGAAACUGCAGUGUGGGCACGAGUAUCAUACGGAUUGCAUUAAACAAUGGUUGUGGAGGAAGAAAGAUUGUCCAAUGUGUCGAGCUUCAGUUUUGCCUUCACAAGAACAGAGAUUAUAG